AUGAAGUUCAACCCUGACGUCUCCUCUUCCCGGCGCAAGUCGCGCAAGGCGCACUUCUCGGCGCCCUCCUCCAUCCGCCGCAAGAUUAUGUCGUCUGGGUUGUCGAAGGAGCUGCGCAGCAAGUACAACACUCGCUCGCUACCAAUUCGCAAGGAUGACGAGGUCCGGAUCGUACGCGGCAAGUACAAGGGCCGGGAGGGCAAGGUCACGCAGGUGUAUCGUAAGAAGUGGGUGAUUCACGUCGACCGUGUGCAGCGGGACAAGUCGAAUGGUGCCACUGUCUCCAUCGGCAUCCACCCCAGCAACGUUGUGAUUACCACCAUCAAACUUGACAAGGACAGGAGAGCCAUUCUGGAUCGGAAGGACCGGAAAAAGACACGUAGUGCGGGAGAGGAUGUCGAGAUGGUCGAUUGA